AUGGCGGAGAGGAAGCAGCGCCCAGGAGGGGCCAGGAAGGACGAGGUUGUCACCCGCGAGUACACCAUCAACCUCCACAAGCGCCUCCACGGAUGCACCUUCAAGAAGAAAGCCCCCAAUGCUGUCAAGGAAAUCAGGAAGUUCGCGCAGAAGGCAAUGGGCACCACGGACGUCAGGAUCGAUGUGAAGCUCAACAAGCACGUCUGGAGCAGUGGUAUCCGGAGUGUGCCGAGGCGCGUCCGCGUCAGGAUCGCACGCAAGAGGAAUGAUGAGGAAGACGCCAAGGAAGAGCUCUACUCUCUGGUCACCGUUGCUGAGAUCCCCCUGGAAGGGCUGAAGGGCCUGAGUACCAAGCUUGUGGAGGACGACGAUUAG